AUGUCGCUAUGUGUUGCGCGUCCUCAACGCUUUGACGGGCACGCCACAGUCCGACGAGAGCAAGUGGGGGCGCCAGCAGCCAUUGCAGCAGCGCGCGACGUGCUGUCCAGCGAAGACGAACUGACGGACGUUGACGCCCUGGUGAACGACGACGAGUUGCUGUUGACGAACGAGCUGCCGGGUGGGGACGAGCUGUCGGGCGAGAACGAGUUCACGCAUGAGGACGAGAUGUCGGACGAUGACGAGCUGCAGAAGGACGACGACGAGCUGCAGCAGGAUGAUGAGGUGCUGACGGACGAUGCCAGGCUGUCGGACGAGAACGAGCUGCCGGACGAGGAUGAGAUGUCGGGCGAGAACGAGCUGGGGGUCGAGAACAAGCCGCAGAACGGCGAGGGCGAGUAG